AUGACGCAAUGGGAAAAUCAAGGUGGGAGAGGGCUACGAGUUCAUUGGAUAAACUUUGAGGAAACUUUCAGGCCAAUCUCAGUUGGAGCAGUAGAUAGUGCGACUUGUUCCGCAUAUUGGGAGCCAUACAAAAAGAAUGCGACUGAUUGCGAUACACUUUAUCCCAAUAAAAAAGAUACCCCAACAUGUUCAUGUUCUCAAGAUUACGUUGACGCAUAUACUUGCUAUUUCCUCUGCGAUCAAAACUCUGUUAAUCCUGAUAACUUUUCUGGGCCUCAAGAUGUAUUGGAUGAUUGUGCCAAGAUGAACUACACUGGAUUGACUGUUCCUUCCGAACCAAAUUGUCCAAGCAGUCUCGGAAUCCCAUCAACAGCUACUGUUACCUCAACCUCAGAAGUUCCUAGCGAUACGACCCAACAUAGCACUCCAUCCACCAAUGUCAAUUGUAAUAAUCAUAGUAAUUCCCCUGCAACUAUUAUCACUACUAGAUUACAUUUCCUUAGUGGUUUAUUUUUGAUUGCUGCAUUCAUUCUAUUGAAAUGA